AUGAAGCUCCCCUCUCUAGCCCUUCUCUCCCUCUCCCUCCCCGGCAUUUUCGCCCUCCCCCACAUCGGGUCAAAGCAUCCCCCCAAAAAAGUGGACGAGACAAAAGUCGGCUACCUGGCAGUCUACUGGACAACCGAAGACGAGAGUGUCUACUUCGCAUUGAGUUCCAACGACGACCCCCUAGGCUUCGAGAGAAUCAACGGCGGGAACGCCGUCAUCACGCCAACCCUCGGCACAAAGGCGAUUCGAGACACGACCAUCAUCCGAGGCGAGGGCGACGAUGAGGGGAAGUACUAUAUCAUCGGGACAGACCUGGACAUCGACACCACAAACUGGGGCGCCGCAUCGAGCAACGGCUCGCGAGCGAUCUUUGUCUGGGAGAGCACGGAUCUUGUGAACUGGACGGACGAGCGCCUAGUCACGGUGGAGGACGAGCAGGCGGGUAUGGCCUGGGCACCGGAUGCCAUCUGGGACGAGGAGCAGGGGCAGUACUUUGUCCACUGGGCAGCGCAACUGUUCGCCGAAGACGACCCCAACCACACCGGCUCGCCCGUCCUCCUCAACAGCCUGCGCUACGCAUACACAAGCGACUUCCGCACCUUCACCGAGCCAUCCACCUACAUCACCCUGGGCAACGAGACAGCCAUCGAUCUGUCGUUUCUGAAAGUCGACGAAAACACGCUAAUCCGGUACUACGUCGACGGGGCGACGACGUCGCCGAUCCAGGACAUCAGCACAGACGGACUCUUGGGCGAGUGGACGCCGCUCGACGGCACGAUCGAGGACAGUCUGAGCUUCGAGGGCCCGUACCCGUUCUGGGAUAACGUGGAGGAGGGCAAGGCGUAUCUGCUGAAUGACCGCGUGGGCAGUAACCCGGGAGUUGAGGCGUGGGAAUCGACUGAUGUGACGUCUGGCAACUGGGCGAGGAACAACGAGCACGACUUGACGUUCUUGCGGCACUUGUCGGUUUUGUCGGUUGAUCAGGAGCAGUAUGAUGCGUUGAUCGCGUUGUAA